GGGUGAUCACUGCGCAUGUGUGACUCAUGCGAACAGGUGUUGUAGGUGUAUUGCUAUAUUGUCAGAGAAACCAACCAAACAACCAACCAACUCCAAUGCUGCUUGAUUGAUGUGAUGCUAGUCUGUUAGUUGGCCCUUUUCUCUAUGGAGGCAACACGGUGUUGGGAAAGAGUUCUACAAUGAUAUGAAUUCUCAAGAAUGAUUCAAUGAAUCUUAUAGUCAUCAGAUGACGGGCAAUGGCAAGGAUUUCUGCGAACACGAAAAAGCUACUACUAAGACUGUUUCUAUUCCUUGUCUACUUACUUCUUGGUGCUACUAUAUUUCAUUUUGUAGAAAAUGAAAACGAAAGGAAGUCUAGACCUACCAAAGAGUUUCAGAAGAAUUUUACGAAAAAAUAUAAUAUCACAGAUGAAGAUAUGGAGAAGUUCUUUGCCGAGUUGAAAGAAGCUAUGAAAUUUGGGUACGAUUUGGAUAUUAUCGACUACCCUGUUGCAGACCAGUGGAGCUUUAUGAACGCGUUUCACUUUGCUGGAAAUGUUGUGACAACUAUUGGUUAUGGCCACCUUGCACCGCUCACCACGAUCGGUCGAAUACUCUGCAUGUUUUACGCACUGGUUGGUAUCCCAUUAACGGGUUUAACUUUGCGUUCAAUCGGUAACAGGGUCUCGGAAGGUUUAUCUACUCUUAUUAAGUCAUGCGAUCGACGCUUCUACAACCGUGAGACCGAAAAACUCGAGAUCAAAACUGCAGUCCUAGCUUUUAUAAUUUUAUUGCUUAUAAUUUUUUUACCUGCAGUUGGAUUUCAUCUUAUAGAACAAUGGGAAUACAUAGAAUCCGUUUAUUUUUGUUUUAUCACCUUGACGACUAUCGGGUUCGGUGACUUUGUGCCUGGAAAGGUAAAGAAGACCGUCGCGGACGAUGGUGUUGUUGCUACACUGGAAUUUUUAAACCUGAUUUAUAUGGUAGUCGGGUUGGCGGUAAUGUCUGGCGUUAUCGUAUCCAUCAGUGGCGUCAUAGAGGAAAAAACAAAGAACUUUGGAGUGGAUCCUAUGGAAGCAUUGCGAAACAUAAGAGUUGAAAAUCUGAAUUCGCGUGCGCUUAAAAAGUUAGGUUACAAAAUGGGUAACGGAGCUCCCGGGGGAGAUGACAGUAUGGGCCAGAGAAUGCCCCCCAAGAUGGCCUCCAGAACUAUGGGACCUCCUAUGAAUUCCACGCACGACAUACAUAAGGUGACUACGGGGAACAUGAACAGUAUGGCCGAUAGAAGUCGAUCUGCAGAGACCAUGGACUUCCAGGGGCCAACGCCUGUGUUACAUUUGAAUAAAAAGAUAAAUGGAACUGCAUCUUCGGGAAAUAAUUCCCCCAUGGGGACACCUCCCGAGAAAAGAAUGUUCAACAAUAAGGUAGCGCCAGCAAAUGGCUUUAAUUCGGAGGAGAAUUUUGCUGUAGAAACUUCGACUAAAAGCGAUAGUUUACGACGCAGUUCCGAACAUUUAUCGAACGGUACCGAAACGGCUGAAGAAGCCCAGGCAAGUGACGAGGAUAACAUGAUACUAGAAAAGAUGGAACAGGAUUCUGGGGAGAAUCAAGCUGAUGCAACUCGUAAAAUCGUAGUCAAGAGUUUGCAACCCAACUCUAAGCGCGACAGCAAAAAUGAACUGGUGGUGGAGGUUCAACUCACCCCAAUGCCGUCACCGAUACCCUCACCCUCCCCUCUCCAAGCAGCAGCUGUGUCCCCCCCGCCCUUCAACCGCUCUGAGCCUGACAUAGGCGAAAUUGAGACGUACGAAGAAUCGAUAAAGGGAAGCAUUGACUCGUCGAAUACAUUCACCCGCGAGGAUGGACAGAAAGCAAUGCUUCAACGAAGCAUUUCUAGAGAUUCCAACUCCAAGGACCUUGGCCUAUCUAUGGAUGAGCCGCCCAAAGACAGAGACCUUUCCUUAGAUGAACUAGGAGGCCACGUGGUGGCUUCCGCAGCAAGCAUUGAAAAACACUCUGAGACUUCUAAUGGGUUCAUUUCUAAAGGAAGUUCGUUUGGUCCAAGAAGGGGAAAGUUAAAAUCAGAGGAGCACAUUGACCUUGGUGAUAGAACAGUUUCACGAAGGAUAACAAGAUAACACGGAAAGUAGGGAGGGGUUUUAAAAUGAACUUGUAGAAUAAAAGCGUUUUAAAUACAGUGGAAUUCCGAUUUAACAAGAUUCAUUAACUUAGUUGAAUAAGGAAUUUUUGUAAAUCGGAAUUUUACUGUGCUUCGAAGGCUGGUCCUGAGAAUAAAACGUUGACGUGUGACCCCAAA